AUGAAAAAUAAGGCCAAAGAAGAAGGUUCGAUUGUUGAACAAUACAUUAAUGAAGAAAUCUCUACUUUUGGGAGAGGCAGUGGUAAAGAAAAGGAGAUAUGGCUUCAAGGCCAAGACCUCCGUAUCGCACAAACAUAUAUUCUGUUAAACUGCGAAGAAGUACGGCUGUUUGAAAGGUUAUUUGACGAGAAAAUGACUGUCUUACAUCCUGGGAUAAGUGAAAACAAUCUAUAUGUGCUUAAAGAAAAGAACUUUGCAAGCUGGUUACAAGAGCACGUGGAGAAUACCUAUAAUUCACAUCCAAAGUGGUUGCAGACACUCGCCCAUGGUCCGAUGCCGAAAAAGAAAGAUCAACAAUGGAAAGCAACAAUCGUCAUACAACCAAGAGGAAAAAUAUUGCUCAACCAAAGCUUGGAUUUCACUGCAAUGCAACAUGAAAGUAUUGAUCCAGUUAUUUAUGCUGAUUCGUUGCACACUGAGACGCUAGCAAAUAUUAAUGGCCAUGCAGAAGAUCUUGAAGAUAUUGAAGAAGAAAUUGCUAGAUCAGAUGCUGAAGAUGGAAAUCUGGACAUCGAACAAGAGGAUGAAGACUCUGAAUAA